AUGCGCACGGCAGAUGCAGCUCUUCACGUCUUCCGCAGCGCUUUGAGCGUCAUUCGUAUCUAUAGCAGGCCUUUCACUUGCCGGCGUGAACUUGCGGGCAUUGCCAAAUUCCCUUCACGUGGAGCUGCCGAGAGGCAGCGUCAACUACAAGGCUGCAUGAGGCAGCUGAGGGCGGUGCUGCGCGGCUCCGUCCUCAUUGCGCAGCUCCUCUCUGCAACGUUCUUCCUUCAGGGAUGCGACGACGAGCAGGAGGAGGAGUCCCACCCACCCGCGGCGGUCAAGGAUGCGCACCAAGUGGAGGAUUUGGCAGCAAAAGAAGACAGCCGCGGUGAGCAAAGUGCUCUGGACAGGGUGCCAAUAGUGGAGCGACUGCCGCGGUCUGCACAUGAAGAAGCUUGGGGUUUCGGCCGGACAUCGCAAAGUCGGUCAGGGCCCAGCACGCAGCUCGUUCUGGUCAAUGCCAGCAGCGUCAAGCGGGAUGCAAAACCCGGUCAGGGUGACAAGCUGCUGGAUCAUGAACGCGCCUUCGAGCGAGCACUUAUGUCGGGCUCCGAUGCAAGCAGAGAGGUACACAUGAUGGUGGCUGACCAUUAUCUGCAGGACUACUACAAGCACACAAGUACAACCACAACCACGACCACCACCACGACAACUAACACCACCACGACCACGAGCACAGUCAAGAAAUACUACAAGAACUCGACUGGGUCUGCCAUUGACUCCAGUUGGAAAAGCAAAAGAACACGAAGAACCACGACAAGCACAACCACAACGACAACUGUGGCGCCAGUGGAUGAGGUGCUGUUGACCAACGUCCCCGCGAUCAAGGUUGGCGAGAGCAAUGAGACCGAUGAAAAUCUGUCCUUUGCGCCACCGCCCCCACCGCUCUUGGCAGAGGAACUGUCUAACGAGCGAUCGAAGAGGCUGGUGCCGCAGGAUUUCACGAAGGACGUGCUGGACAAGGGGAGCCCUGGUGGCACUUGGUCGCCAGCAACCUUCUCUGCAGAAGACGCCGCAGCCGCAGCUAGAGCUACCGAAGGUAGCGAGGACGUCACCAGCACCUCUUCUACCUCGCCCGUGACCAGCACCUCUUCUAAUGCCACCACGAGCACCACCUCUGAGACCCCGCACCCUUCCACAACAGCGAGCAGCGCAUCAGAGACCCCUACGACCAUCACGACGACGGCGGUUCAGAUCCUCGCCAGCGAGCCGCUCGUCAAGGAAAGUCGGGAUGCCGGGGAGCUCGCGGAGGAGGCGCGGGCCAAAGAGGAGGCCCUGGCGAAACAGAGCACCAGGGAUGCGUGCCACUGA